AUGGCUGCCUUGUGCAUCGGAGAUUCCGUGAAUUCGUUCUCUCGCCGGAGCAGGCUCACCUGUUACCACGGGGAAGAGGAUAAGUGGCCUCCCCACAACGAAGCCAUUCUCAGGGACGGCAAGGUGAUGGUGGUGUCCAUGGAGAAGUUCUACGUGGAGGCGGCUCGCCGGCUUCCCCUCGACAAAAUUCCGGAGCUCUUCAACUGCAUCUGCAAGGCCGGCCACUGCAUCGGCCUCGCCGACCCUGUUAGCAACAUCAUCCUCAACGCCAUCAGCCAGCUCUCCUCGCCCUCCCCCUCCGGAGGGGCGCACUCACCUUCACCUCCGCGCAAGAGGAGGCACAGGACUAGUGCCCCCGGCAGGUGGCAGUGGGAGGUCUCGCCUAUGCCUCCAACUUCGGCCUCUUCGCCUUCAUGGCUGAAUACUUACCUCACCGAGAUCCAAGCCAGGCGCUACCUCCACGCGGCCUCUUAUGACCUCUCCCUGGCCAUCAAGCUUGUACUCCACGAGCGUUCCUCUUCCAAGUCACAGCGAUGCUUGCUCCCGGAUGGUGGCAAGAUCAAGGCCGCCCUCAGAAUCGCUGCUCUCCAAGCAGGGCACCCUGCAGCCGACGACCUGGCGGGGCUCGUGACGGCGCACCUAGGGGAUGUCUGGGCCACCAGGGACCUGCUAAAAAGCCAAUGGCCUCCAACCCCCUUACCCAACUUAGAUAUCUUAUGCCAUCCAAAUGGCAACACUUCUGUUCAGAGCACCGUUGACAGCGUGUUGCUCCUGCUCUCAUCGUGCAUUGGCGAUGACCUUUGUGCCCAAAUCUCCAUGGCAAGCAGACGCCACUUAGAUUCUCUUCAACUGGGAUACAUGUCUGACCUGACAUUUGAUAGUCCAUACAUGGAGACCAAGUUAUCCAACUUCCUGGUGGCCGCCGCCAGGAUGCGCAGUUGCAGGUUGUACUCAACCGUGGAUUAUGAUGGCAUCAAAUGUGAGCACAUACUGUCUUUGAAGAUGUGCCUUCUUGACUCCAUCCAUGCCUUAUACAUCAAGGCGCUCACCAUAGUACCCAUCAGCUCUGGAGACUUCCGCUUCCUUCGAGCUCUCCUUAUAGCUGGACAUUGCUAUGGCCCCAUGGACCCGGUGUCCAACAUCAUCCUCAAUUCUCUAUCUGGUAUGAUAUCGCCUUCCCCCUGCGUGAGGAGCAUAUUGAAGCACAUCAUGUCCCGCUGGGAGACCCGUUCCCUCAAUGGCCUUGUUGCUCUCUUUCGCACCUCCCACAGCUCCUCUCUCUCAGAGCACGAGAUACUGGAGCACCUGUACUUUUGGAACUGUGACCUCUCCAGAUUGUGCAAAGAAGUAGCACGUGACAGCAUUCCCUUUGCUGACGUGGCCAAGGCUGCCAAGCACCCGUAG